UUAUAUCCAUGGUUGGAAGGUUUCGUCGCGGAGGAAGGCCGUUCCGCUGCACGAUGAGGUGAGUGAUGAUGCUGGCAAGAUGCUUUUCUGGAACAGUGCUCCUGGAUGAAGCCCUUGCACGGCGCGCACAUUAAUAAUAGAGUUGACUUUUGCCCGUCACUCUUCAUGCACGGAGUUGGGAAACUGGAGAGUGGAUCAACGCCGUUAAGACCUCUGGUUCUCAAGUCUCGACCCAAGGAGUGGAUAGUAAUAUAAUAAAAAUAAUAACGGCGAUGGAGGGUGGUCUUGGUUGUGCGCGAGAUUCGUGUUUCGCUAAGAUCUGGUGGGUGAUGGAGGCUUUGAGCAGACCAGGAGAGCGAACUGCAUUAUUGUCUUAAUUAAUGUUUUAACAUCAUUAUUUUAUUAUUAUUAUUAUAUUAUUACUUCCAUGAUGAUGCUACCGUGUAAUUAUAGCACCUAGCUAUAUCCAUCAGCGCCCCUUUUAAGCCAUUGCAACUGUAUGGCUUUGCGCUGCUAAAGCAUGCAUUCUGCCUCCUGUAAUCUCUCCUUCGAACCGUCUUCUUCUCUUCUUGCUUCCCUCCCCUCUUUACUCAGUCCUAAACACUCUCCCUUCUUUCAAAUGCCUUUCCUUCCUUGACUCCGCCUCCCCGUCCGGUACAUCGAUCGACUGAGUCAUCAUACCGUUCAUUCCGCUUCUCAUUCCCUUUCCAUAUUCCCUCCCCAGAGGAGGUGAGCUUUUCCAGACGUGACGGGUCCGUGACUCGUCGUCCUCUUAUUCUUUCGCCGUUUCCGUUUUGCUGUCUACAUGCCAUUCUGUCUAGUGGCCGAUCAUCCUUCAGUUCCUGCUGUGCGGUCGAAGGAUUCGAAGGAUCUCUUGUGGAUGCCCCUCCAGUUCUCUCCUUCUCCCCACGCGGUCUCCGAUCCCACAAAACAUUGCGUCGUAACAGGCAUUGGUCACGAUGCAGGCCGCCCAGGCAUUGGCGACACCGCCGCCUGUGUUCCCUGGUCAAUGGCAUGAAGAACCCGACUAUAGAGACCGUCCACCCACAAAUUCAUCAAAUGAGCAACCGGAUUAUAUGUACCACGUCCGGUCAAGAUCGACUGCACACUCCCAUAGCCCUAGGCGGCUGUCCACCUUCGGUGGACGGUCCAGAAGCAAUACAACCACCUCCACGGCAUCUUCUCGUCGAUCCCCUGCGUCCUCCAUGACAUCCAGUGACUCUUCAUCUUUGGGUCAGUUCCACAGUGUGGCUGCCAGAACCCGCACCGAGAAGCAUGAAAGCGUGACAAAGUCACUUCUCUCUCGCGGCAGUCGUAUUCUCCGUCGCCAAGGGAGCAGAUUCGCCGUCUCUACGACACUUGACGAGGAAGAUGAGACUGACCGGGGAAGCAAAUCCAGCCGCACUGCCAAGCUGCGUCGGAGUAACGAACAGCUAAAGCGCCUCAUCUCGGACCCAUUUGACUUCCAUCAUCUGACACACACGAGUCCGGCUCAGUUCAACUCCUUGUCCAGGGAGAUCGACCUGGUCACCGAAUUUUCCGCUCUUCGGGCCUCUCAGAAACCCAAGCCAGAGCUCAAGGAAAUACGCGCGGAAGACCUCCAUUUCCGUAACUUCUCGUCGGAGAACCUUGCCAACUAUGUAUCCAGUUCCACGGCAGAGGGCUCCUUGUCAAACGAGCCCGCAACCCCGGGAGCAUCUCCUGAGCCCCUUACGUCAGUGAGCCCGACUUUCCCGUUAUCCAGGGCGAGGAGCGACUCCCGCGUUUUUGAGAAUUUCUCUCGUCCGAUCUCUAGACACCCGAGAUCAAAUUCAACCACUCCGCCAUUGGCACCGUCGCCCAAUUUGACGUCUUCCCCUGAUUUGUCGGAGCCUGCCCCCCGAGCUGUCGACGAGAUUCUCGGACUGCACGCCCCCAAGACGUAUCCAGAACACGUGUACUCAACUGCGGAAGAGGCGGAGAAGAUAUCUGCCUCCAUGGCGCAGAUCACGUUGGAGGGGAUCUUCCAGCUCAAUGGAGCACGCGCAAGAGCUGCUUCUUCCACCAACACCCUCACAUCCGACUUGGAGGAUGUCCCAGAAGAAGAGGAGGUUUCCUGUUGGCGUGAUAGUCCUAAACCAAAGGCCCGACUCCCAGAAUGCAAUCUAUCACUUCAGUUAGAUCAGCAUCAACAACCGGCAGUUGUCCCAUCAUCUCCCAUCCCAAGCCCGGAACCUCGCUUUCUCCCUUGCAUCACUAAUGGACAGUCAGAUAAGCUUCCACAUGCGCUUAGUUCUCCCACUCUUCCCCAGUACUACCUUUUCCAAGACCGGCCUUCGAACGACCAAUUUGAGCCCGCUAGGGGAGACUCUCCUAUUGGCAAGAUAGACAUGUACGAGGAUAUCUCUGAUUCGUGGGACAAGGAUAUCGAUUUCUGCUACGAACAUGCUGCGGAAUCAAAUUGCAACUUCGAUUGGUUUCGCACCGCCGACGAGCCAGAGCCAGCUGCAGUUGCUAUGCCAAUUGCCACUUCUGCCAGAGAUGAGCCCGGCAAGGCACUAGCCAAUGAUACUGAAACAAAAGGGAGUUUCCAGCUCUCGCAGAAAUCAGCAAUCCUUCCAGUCACCUAUCUGGGUAACAACUCACCAGUGAGAAAAUGCAGCUCGGAGGAAAGCCUCAUUCUAUCACGCGCUGCAUCAAUUGUACGCAGGCAUCGCUCUUCGGUUUCUGCCAACAGUGUACCUGAUUUGGUGCACAGUUCAACAAGCAGCCGGGAAGGCACAUCAAUGGAGUCACCAGCAAGUGAGAUGUGCGCUCCGAUGCAAAUUCAAGCAACCCCUCCAGAGUUGUCAUCCCAUCAUCGGCAGACCAAGAGCCUAGUACCAGAGAUCGAAACGAGUGCGAUUCUUGGAAAUAACAGAGCUAGGUCGGUAGCCCUAUUGACUCAUGACCGCGCCAGAUCGGCAUCAGAGGGGGCGACGCAAAUCAUAAAUCGAUCCAUUGAGACAAAUGUGUCACAGCCACGAGCAACGCGACCCCAAACUUCCAAAGGUGCAGGUCGGAGGAAAGGAAGAGUGUCAUACUCUCUAUUCCCUUCGUCUUCCACAAGCCUUGCCACUUAG